AUGACAAAAUUCGCUUUAGUAACAGGUGCUUCAUCUGGUAUUGGCCGUGCACUUACUGUUGAAUUAUCGAAACAUGAUUUCAAAGUAAUUGCUUGCUCUCCACAAUCAGAUAUUCCCGAACAAGAAGUUUUGGAAAGAGAUCAUAAUGUAGUCUCACUUCCUUUGGACUUAUCCAACCCAGAAGAUAUCAAUCGUGUUUAUAAACAAGUUGAAGAAAUAACUGGUGGACAGUUAGAAGUAUUAUAUAACAAUGCAGGAGUAUCAGUUACUGGUCCAGUCAUUGAAAUUGAAGACUCGGAGUUAAACAAGAUUUUCCAAAUAAAUACUAUUGGACAAAUGAAUUUAACAAGAUUACUAGCACCAUUGGUCAUUAAAGCCCAAGGAACUAUAUUGUUCACUAGUUCAUCUGCAGUUCAAGUUCCAUUAAGUUGGAUUGGUGUAUAUUCUGCCACAAAAGCUGCAUUAGAUGCUUAUGCGUUGACGUUACACGGAGAAAUGGCACCCUUUGGUGUCCGUGUACAUAGUGUUAUAACUGGUGGAGUCGACACUCCAUUGUUUGAUGAUAAUAAUGAACCAGAAACCAGUGGGUCAUUAUAUGACGUUGAUGGAUUUAAGGAGUCAUUGAAUAAGUCUACUAAAAUGAGUAGAACAGUAAACAUAACUCCGGAGAAAUAUGCCCAAGAAGUAUGUCAAGAUAUUGAAAAAAAAUGGAACCCUGGGUUCCGUCUUUAUCAUGGAGCUAGAUCUAAUAUGCUUCAUUGGGCUAGUAUGAUUUUACCAUUAUGGCUUAUUGAGUUAUGGGUGCAAUUUUACUUUAAACAAAGUCUUGUAUUCAAAUCCAUUGCAAGAAGAAAGUAA